UAUCUUCCCAUUCAGUAUAUAACAUCCGUUCUAAAUUUAGACUCCAAUCAACAUCAGUGCUCUCAAUAUAAAUUGCACAGGAGUUCGCCUCAUUCAAACCAUUGCGUGAACAUAUUUUAUAAUUAUACCUUCCGAACGUUGACAUGUUUAUAAAAAAAGUCCCUACCACCGAAGUUGUCCGCACUGCAGCGUCAAAUCGAUCGCACCACCACGCAUGCGCAAAUAAGCAACAUUUACGUCAGUGGUCAUAGAACGCGGGUGGGAAGUCGACGACAUGCCGAAACCGACACCCGUCGAAGAUCUCGUGGUUCCUCCACAGGAUACAAAAAUAUGUGGAACAAUAUGCAUCUGUCAGAUGACAGCAGUGCUCAGUGCAGUGUCCUUAGUAUACCUAACUGUGGCCAUCUACAUGCCUUACACUCGAGCCAUCGCGUCCGGAAUCGAUCCUACCCCGAUUAUGUGCACAACAACACGGGCGAUUAACAAAGACAACUGUGACUGGGGAUCCUGUGGUGAGUGGUGCCUCAGCAAGACCUCAGGCGCCUGCAUCCAGAUCUACGUCAACGUCAGGAAGAAUGGAACGUCUUUACUUUUGUCUGAAUGUGGAAGUGCUGCGAACAAAACCUGCUUUGGUAUCGAUCAGGAAAACGCUAAGAAGUACCACUGCAUCAGAGAUGAAUGUAAAAACUUGACUGGUACAUUCAACUGUACUGAAGGGAAAUGUAUCAACAUAACAGACGCCUUCGAGUGCGCCUUCAGAGAAACGGAUCCACCAUUAAAAUGUUCUGGUAGAAGAGGGAAAAUUACUUGUAUAGACGUACAUGGACUUUUCUCGUGUAACAGAGGCACUUGUCGAAGGAUAAGAACACCGUACAAUUGUGACCGCCGAUGCGUCGACAUUCCUACCCGUAACAAGAACGUGAUAGUUUUAAGUGGGGACAGAGUGUUUUUAGCAAGAUGUGCGAAAUUAGUUCAGGAAGAUAAAGGUGAAAUAGUUUGGACUGAUUCUGGUGAAGAAGUUCUUAUGUUAUCAUGUCAUGCGGUUCACAAUGGAACUCAGGGAGUAGUUGCUAUUGAUUGUAUUAAUGCUGCCUUACUGCCUCGCACUGAUAUCGCUGAUUUGACUAACUUUACAUACUUACAGUACCUAUAUCAAUCCAGAGCAACACCAAAUCGAGUAAUCGCUCCAUCGGAAGUGGAACUGACUCUAGCUAAUGACAGCCGCUUGAUGAUAAACCUGGAAGGAUGUGUCAAUACUCUGGCUGAUGAAUGUAAAGAAUUCUUGAAAGAUUAUGGUCGUGAUGGGACUGACCACAACGCUAAAGCAAGAUUCCCUUGCUUUUAUAUGGAGAAUAGCCCUGACACAGUUGUAGCCCGAUUUGAUCUAGAAACUACUUACCGCCAGUUCUUAGUAGCUUUGGUGCUUCCGACAGUGCUGGUUGUGGUGUCUUGUAUAACUCUGAUGUUGUGUCAACGGACCAUUGAAGUUGGUGAUGACGCGAAGAUGAGAUUUAAGGGUUGCGCUGGUGGUCAGGCUGAUAUGCAAUUGCAUCCAAACGAUCCUGUUUCUCCACUCUGAGAUCAGUCACGCGUUCCCCUCCUUUGUGAGGGUCCGGCUAGUUCACUAAGAGACGAUUAACCUGCUUGCAAUGCUUUCAACUGGCUGACACUCCCUCCAGAUGUCUACUAUGAGCAGAUCCAGGGCGAGCCUAUCACCAGCAGCCUCAGAAAGGUCGACGUUACCUAUGGGAGCGUCUGCCGAACCAGGUAGCCCGGACUUCAAGUCUUUGGAACAACCAACGAGGGAGCAGCUUCUAACCCACUUUUUUGAAAGAUUCAAGUUCUACACAUCGCUCUGUCUUGGAACGUCAGCCAUACUCGCAGUCUUCGCUUUCCUCUUCUUGAUACCCUUCGUCGUCGAGCCUGCUAUACAGACAAUAUUAGCAGAGUUCGUACCAGAAGCUGGUAUCUGCUCCGUAUCUGAACACGUUCACGCUGAAACUUUGACUAAUUGCACCUGGGCGUCGUGCAGAGAAGGAUGCACGACCGCCCACACUAAAUGUCAUAAGAUACGUGUUAAUUUAUCUAGAAGACCGUUUGUAGAGAAUGCACCAGUGCCGACUGAAUGGGACGAGACUGAUUUGAAGUUUCUGAUAAAUCCUGAAGGUUGUGGGUAUCCGCCGAGGGUGAAUUGUUCAGUUUUUGCGACUGAUUACGCGGGUCCGAGGGCGCCGAAGAUAUUUCCGUGCUACUAUAGUUUGACGAGGUCGGACCUGGUGGUGGCGAGGUACUCGUGGGAGUCGACGGUGAGGGGGCUGAUCCUGGCCCUGGUGCUACCCACGACGGUGUUCGUGUUCAGCCUGAGUGUGCUCGCGUAUUGGCACUGUCGUUGCUGCGACAGGGCGUGUAACAGACGGGUGCACGCCGAAUCCUUCGCGAGUAAAGAAGACAGCAAACUGUUAUGCGAGUUGGACGACGAUCCGAGCGAUGAUGUGUUCUGACGCCGAGCUUCAGCCGCCCGCCGCCGUGCCUCCCCCCGCAACCCCGCAGGCUACACACAGCUGUAGAACUACGAGGUUCUGCGUAGUCACUACAUUGUUCUCACGUAAAUACUGCAUUUUAAGCAGCUGCUACGUAAUCCUUACAAGGUUCUGCGUAGUCACUUCGUAGUUGCUACGUAGUUCUUGCAUGGUUCUGCGUAGUAGCUGCGUAGUUGCUACGUACUCCUUGCAUGGUUCUACGUAGACAUUACGUAGUUCUUGCGUGGGGCUUCGUAGUCUUCUCGUAGUAUUUACGUGAUUAUCCUCUAAUGUCUACGUCAUAUUUCCGUAGCCUUCAAAUUUUAUCAAGAUCUAUCUACUAAACUCGAGUAUCUGACACUAAAAUAACUUAUUCUAUUUACUAUCGGUUGAAACGUUUACCUGAUAUUGGAAGGUUGUGAGUAAACUAUAAUUAUGCUCAUUAUAGGUUCAUCUGUAGUUUACCUUCUUGUAUUAAUAAAAUUGGUUUUAGAGUAGGAUUAUACAAUUCGUCAGUUGAUGUAAAUCCAACGUUUCACAGUUCUGAUGACAAAAUCCAUUUGGCCUUUGAUCUUUUUAAAGAGCAAACUAUUUAAAAUAGAAGUAAAAUAAAAGUUUUGACCUUUCAACCGAUAGUGUUUCCAGUAUUCUUAUCUUAUAACAUUUCAAUAGAGCAUUUGCGAAAAUAGGAAAGUGCAAUUACCUUACAAGGCUGCAAAUAUAGGGGAGGGGUUAAUAUCAGACCAGUAUUACUAAAUAACGACUUUUGGCGGGCAAAAGGCUUACGCUUUAAAGCAUUUAAGAAUAUCUAUGAAAAAAUAAUAAUAAUAUAAUGUAACAACGUCUCUUUAUUCUAAAACUGAGCUAUGCCGGAUAAUAAUUAAGUCCUUUUUUAUAUUUUUUGCUUCCGGAAACGCGUGAUUAUUAUUUUAUUUUUUACUUAUAAUAAUUAUUAAAAUUAAACAUAGAUAGAAAAAAAUAUCAUUCAAAUAUCAUGUUCAAAAUUGUGUACCUUAAUAAAAUAAUGAUGUCAUAAAUAUUUUCGUCGGCAUUUUGAAAAAAAUAUUAACAAUAAAUAAAGAAAAGAUAAUAAGCAUAAAUUCAUUUUUGAAAUAAUAACGUAGAAAACACUUUCAAGAAUUUAUCACACGCCUAAAGUAGAAAAAUAUAAUAAUUAUUGUACAUACAAUAAUAAUUUAUUGUGAAUGAUUCAAUUAUUUGUAUUUUAUUUAAGUAAUAAUUAUGUUUUUGUCAUAAAAUGUAAUUUAAUUUUUAGAGUUCACUGUAAAGAAAUUAUUAGAAGCUUAUAAGUGUGACAUUAUUUUAAUUGCAUCUUUGAAGUGGUAGGUUUAUAAGUAAAAUAAAUGGAUAUAGCACAACUGUUAUAAAAAUAAAGUUUCUCUUGUAUUUUGUACUUAAAAUAAUUAUGUUUACAGAAAUAUCUAAUUAUUUUAAAAACUAUUGUUAAGCUAAUUUUAAAAUACUCUUGUAUGUGGACAUUGUUUAACCAUUUAGCUUAUUAUUCUCUCAUUAGCCAGAAUUAAUUAAGAUUAAGUUAAAUAAAAUAAAAAUUGUUGUAAAUAAUCUGCCACGUUUUGUGAUAUUACAUUUAAAAUUAUAUUGUUCAAAGCUUUAAAUUUAAAUCAAUCUCUUGUGUGUAGUAAAUGUGUUAAAAAUACCUUAAUAUUUAUUUAUAACUAUCGUUCUAAAUAUAAAUUAUUUAUCCUUACUGUUUUGUUUUCCAAAAAAUAUUUUUUAUUGAAUUAUAAUCAUUAAAAUUGUAUUUGUAAAGUAUAAUCGAAAUGUUAUUCAAUGUGAAUUAUAUGUAAAUAAUUAUAAUUAUAAAUGUUUUGUUGGAGUCUAAUGAUUAGAUUUUAGGUAAUAACGCAAGUGAUGCAUCAAACUGCAACAAAACACAAAGUGUAAUGACAAAUAAAGCUUGUUUUGUAA